AUGGACCAGGGCCUUAUUAAUGGUCUACUGUUUCUUGAUCUCAAAAAAGCAUUUGACACUGUGGACCACAACAUACUCAUUUCAAAAUUAGAGCUUUACGGAGUACGAGGAAAAGCAUUACAAUGGUUUAUUUCAUAUCUGAGAGGGAGAAAGCAAGUUUGCAAAAUUAAUCACGAAAUAUCAGAUAGAGCUACAAUUACUUGCGGAGUCCCUCAGGGUUCAAAUCUAGGACCACUGCUUUUCUUACUUUACAUCAAUGACUUACCAAAUUGCUUAAGGUCUACAAAAGCAUCAAUGUUUGCAGAUGACACUAAUAUAUCUUGUGACGAAAAAUUAGCAACUGACAUUCAACAAAAAAUUAACUCAGACUUGAACAGUGUUCAUAAUUGGCUAUUAGCUAACAAACUAACUUUAAGUGCUGAGAAAACAGAAUAUAUGGUUGUUGGUUCGAGACAAAGGCUUAAUCAAAUAAAUUCAGAUCCUGACAUAUUAAUAGGAGAUCAUAUGAUAAAGAGAGUUUCUAACAAAAAAAUUCCUAGGAGUGGUUCUUGACGAACAACUUAAUUGGCAUAACCAUAUAGAUAAUCAAUGUGCAAAAAUUUCAAAAAACAUUGCACUUUUGAGAAGAGCAAAAAGUUUUCUGACAGAAAAUGCCCUUAUUACAAUGUACAAUUCACUAGUCCUACCACAUUACACUUACUGCUCAACAGUUUGGCACAACGGAAAUAUCACUCACAUUUACAAAUUAAGUAAAUUACAAAAAAGAGCAGCACGUGUUAUCACUAACUCAGGAUAUGACAUAAGAUCAACAGAGAUCUUAAAUAGAUUGAAUUGGGAGCCCAUUGCAAAUAUCCUCGAACAACGUGAACAAACAAUGACAUUUAAGGCAAUUAACAAAAUGACACCAAAAUAUUUAACAGAAAUGUUUACUAUGUCCCAGAACGACAAUUAUGCAUUGAGAAGUAACGAACGAAAACUUCACUUAUCAAAACCAAACACUAACUUCCUUAAGAAAAGUUUUUCCUACCGCGCAGCAGUGUUAUGGAAUGAACUUCCAAACGAAAUUCUCGAGGAACAUGAGCAUCUUUCAUUGAAUCAGUUCAAAAGGCUUAUUAAAAAUUGCUAAGAUAGCGAAAUUUUCCCGAAAUUUUAUCGAAUGUUUACUUGCAUUGUAAGGUCGUUAUGCAUGUUAUACUUCAAUUUGAAUUAAUGUUAGUGUGUUAUACUUUAGGUUUAGAUUUAGUUUUAUAUCUUUUUAAUAGUUUUAGACCACGGCCCUUUGAAAAACAGGCAACUGAAAGGUUAGCGUGGAUAAAUAUGUUUAAAUAAUAAUAAUAAUAAUGAAAUCACAAAACAACCCGAUCCUCAACACAGCAAUGUCGCAACUGUGGCAGAAUUUUUCCACAUACCGGUGACUGUCCCGCAAAACUUAAAGAAUGCAGAGCAUGUGGAAAAACUAGCCACUUUGCCAAGGUUUGUAGAUCCAAACCCAAACGACAAGAAAUCCGUCAGGUCGUUCAAACCUCUACAAAGGAGGAACCCCACUAUAUAUUCACCGUCCAACUACCUUUGCAACAACAUAAUUCCAAAAGCUAUGACCUUAUCAGAAUUCAAGAAAGAAACGAAGAACGAUUCCACACUCCAAAACCUAUCACAAGCAGUCAAACCAAUCACUGGUCUGACCCAGAAAUCCAGCUGUACACAAACGUUAAGGAUGAACUUUCCGUUUGCGAUGGUUUAAUCAUCCGAGGAACACGUCUGGUCCUUCCAAAAUCACUUCACCAUCAAGCUAUUGAAUUGGCACACACAGGUCAUCAAGGAAUAGUAAAGACCAAGCGGUUAUUACGUGAAAAGGUUUGGUUUCUGUUGAUUGACAGGAUGGUUCAAGGGAGAAUCAAACACUGCAUCCCAUGUCAAGCAGCGACACAAGAUACCAUGCCAAAACCAGAAGCCAUUGAAUAUGACCCCACUUAG